CUUGGUCAUGAAAUUCUUCAUACCCCAAACAACAAACAUCCAUGAACCGGCGUUUUGCGAAUUCGAAUAUUGCUUUUUUACUUCAUUUCUCGUACCUACUUGGAGACACUUUACCCCCUUGGAAACCUGGAAAUCUGGAAAAAACAUUUUUGUUACAAAGGAAUCCCUAUACGAUUACGCAGUACAAAAAAAACACAGCCCUCGAAUCUCGCCACCUUUUUGAGUUUUUUGACUGGAUCCUCCCUGGUUUUGCGACAUGUUAUUAUGCCUUGUAUACGCAUCAGGCGAGAGUGUGCUCUACUGGACCGAAAACUUUCUUCAUUCACGGCCGACUUGUCAGCGACUAUAUACAUAUACCUACGCUCGAAACCGGACGAAGAAGGGAACGGACGGGGGAGGAAGGAAAGGGGUGGGUUGGCAGGGACAGGGCAGCAUCGGGGGGUAUGGGGUAAGGAGGGGAAAGGGGAAGGGGAAUGGAGAAACGGAGGAUUUGGACAAGAGCAUGUUUAGCAACUCUCUGUCGUUCUUAGACGACGCUGGACCUCCGCAGGGUCGUUUUUGGAAAUUGGUUCGGAGACAAAGGAAGGGAUUGGUGCGGUGGAGGAAACUCUUUGGGGAGGAAUUGCAUAUAAAAGACAAGACUCGUAGCGAGUCUUUGGUUCGCGCCCUUUCUUGUUGUUUUGUUCUUGUUUUUUUUCUGUUGUUUUUUCUCUCUCUCUCUCCCUCUCCCUUCUGGUUGCUGUUGUUGCUUUCGACUCUGAGAGAGCGAUUUUUAAACAACAAACCCCCUCAAACAAAGCAUUGCAUCGAGAGUUUUUGCGUUUGCGUACCUAUGUAUCUGGCAGCAUUUGCACUCUUUUCUAUUAUAUAUUCUUUUUCUGGGGUCUUUUUUCAGCCUUAUCAUCAUCGUUGUUGUCGUCGUCUGUCCCCCACCCGAUCGGAGAACUGGAUUCACCAAAUGUUUGGUUUUUGUCUUUUCAGUUCUGGUUGUUCCAUGGCGGGGGUUUGCUUGGAAGGGUUUUAUGGCGGCGGGAAGGCAAGGGAAGGGAAGGGACGUUUUUGUGGAAGGUGUUCUUCCAUUGACAGGCUUUGUUAUAUUUCUAGGGUGAGAUCCUUUUUAGCGGAGGAGAUACCAAAUGUGGAGAGAGAGAGAGAGAGGCGUGGUGGAGUGCCUUCUGUCUCUUGAGUUAUGUUUUCCUCGUAUAUUAGUACGUAUUAUAACUAUUGCCCUGAACUUGGUUUUCCCGGGCCGUGAUGUGGUGAUGAUCUUGUUUUGCGUGGAAUGAAGAGUUUGACAUUGCCCGAGACGUGUGAGGUUGAGAGGGGAGUUUGGAUGAUGAAUAUCAAGCACCAAU